UGAAGCUUUCAUCCUGUGGGCUCAGUCUGAUGGCUCCCACUGAAAUGUCUAAACAUUAAGGGAAAAUAACAUUUUCGUUUUUUAAAAAACUUAUUCCUGCAUGUCAGGGAAAAAGCUUUUUGUUUUGGACUUAUUAACAAAAUGUGAGCACUGAUGGGACAACAAACCUGCAGAAGUUUAAGUCGGCAGUGCGACCUGAGGAGCGGCGCGUUGUCAGAGGCUGCGGGGAAAGUUGUGCGUUUCUCUUUCUGAAGCUUUUUUCACUAAAAUAAAUAAUGUCAUCCCUGCAGGGAGUUUAUGCUGCGGCUCUUUUUCGCUGCAUGAUGACAGCUGCUGCACUGAUAGACUCCGAUGACGUCAUAACGCGAGACGAGCAGAUCUUUGUUCUGAUUGGUGCACACGCCCGGUGUGAGAGGAGCAUCCGUGCACAAAUGGCCUUCAUCAAAGACGGGGACUGUUCUCCAGAGUGGGAUGGGAUUAUCUGCUGGCCCCGGAGCCGAGCGGGCCAGCUGGUCUCGGUGCAGUGCCCAGCCUACAUCUAUGACUUCAACCACAGAGGGCGAGCUUACCGCCAGUGCGACGUGUCAGGGAACUGGGAGCUGGUGCCCAGUAACAACCGCACCUGGGCAAACUACACGGAGUGCACCCGAUACCUGACCUCCAACCACAGAAACCUGGAGGAGAAGGUGUUUCAGCGCCUGCAUCUCAUGUACACCAUCGGCUACUCCAUUUCUCUGGCAUCUUUGUUGGUGGCCAUAUCCAUCCUUUGCUAUUUCAAGCGCCUCCACUGCACACGCAACUACAUUCACAUCCACCUCUUCACCUCCUUCAUCUGUCGAGCUGUUAGCAUCUUUGUGAAGGACGCCGUGCUCUACUCCAUAUCUGCUGCCAGCAGAGCGGAGUCCGAUUUCACCACUGUGAAGCAGCCCAUGGCUGGGUGUAAAGCUGCGGUUACGCUCUUCCUGUACUUCCUGGCAACCAAUCACUACUGGAUUCUGGUGGAGGGCUUGUACCUCCACAGCCUCAUCUUCAUGGCGUUCCUGUCUGACAAGAACUACUUAUGGGCUCUGACCAUCAUGGGCUGGGGUGUUCCGGCUGUGUUUGUGUCCAUUUGGGUCAGCGCUCGAGCUUCGCUGGCAGAUACUCAAUGUUGGGACAUCAGCGCCGGAAACCUGAAGUGGAUCUACCAAGUUCCCAUCCUGGCAGCCAUUGUUGUGAAUUUCCUCCUUUUCCUAAACAUAAUCCGUGUUCUGGCCUCUAAACUGUGGAAAACCAACACCGGAAAACUGGAUCCUCGACAGCAGUACAGGAAGCUCCUGAAGUCCACCUUGGUCCUGAUGCCUCUGUUCGGAGUCCACUAUAUAGUUUUUAUGGCCCUGCCCUACACUGAGGUGACUGGGCUGCUGUGGCAGGUGCAGAUGCAUUAUGAGAUGUUCUUCAACUCUUCUCAGGGCUUUUUUGUGGCGUUCAUCUACUGCUUCUGCAAUGGCGAGGUGCAGGCAGAGGUGAAAAAGGCCUGGUUAAGACGCAGCUUGGUGCUGGAUCUCAAGCAGAAAGCCAGGAUGACGAGCAGCGGCGGCGGGAGCUGCUACUACGGCGGCAUGAUGUCCCACGCCACCACCCACAGCGUCUGCAUGUCCGCCGUCCAUCCCAGGGCUUUCUCCUUCACAGCGGGGUCAGGAGGGGCCGCCGGGGGGUCAGGGGUCAGGCCGCCCCGUCACUCUGCCCCGUCGUCGCUCCACCACAACCACAGCGGCGUGUGUGUUUUCGUUCCCAGCGCCGCUGAGGCCUCAGGCUCCCAGCAGGACGCGGCGGCGUGGAGACCGGGGAGGGCCGAGUCCAGAGCCCAAGAGAACGACAGCAGCAGCGCAGCAGCACAUCCAGGCUGCUCCGUACCUGUGAAAGAGCUGGAGACCAUUUUAUAAUCACAGUGGUUUUGAAACCGGGUCGACCUUUCUGCGUCGUCGUCAUGGUUACAGGGAGGGAUUCGCCAUUUUCACUGUCUUAGAAAUUGAUGGUUUCUCAUUCUGACAAGAAAAAAGCAGAACACAACCCCGUUAUGGACGGCCCACUCCAAUGACUAACGUAUAAACUAAAGUAUAAAGACACGUUGCAGCGGAAGAUCCCGGCGCCGUCGUUCUGCUGGAGGCCAAAAAGCUGCCGGUUGACCUCCACCAGCAUUUGUCUUCAGCUGCUAAACCGUCAGUAUAACACGCUACAUCUCAAGAAGGGAGAAGUUCACUUAUCCUUGUUUGACUUUGACAACCUCAAUAUAUAGAUGUGAUGUAUUUUUACUAAAUAAAAAGCCAAAACGGCCCACACGCCGACUCCAACGGGUCACUGGUAGAGCAGGCACUGCUAGCCUAGCCCCGCUGGGUUAGCUUAGCUAAUAGCGGCGAUGGCUAAUCUACCACAGCGAUCACUUAUUAAUGAUUACAAAGCUGCAAAACAUGAUACUGUAACGGACUCGAUGUUCUGAUCUUUGAAAUCCUGAAAAUUGUCAGUUGCUGUGGCAACGUAGGGUCGCCGACACACAGAGUGAGAAAAAAGAACAAUAGUUGUAGUUUUGAGUUCUUCUUCGGUGGUUUUUUUCUGCGUUAUUUUCCCCUUUUCUGCGGCGCGAUUACAAAAACCUAUGUCUCAAGGUUUUUGUUGUUGGCGGGAUUGUUCUGCCGCGGCAGCGCGCAUACGGAUGACGUGCAAAAGAAUCGCCUGUUUUGCCCCACAGCGUUGUGCGCAUGCGCGAAUUUUCCAGGUCCAAACAAUAACUUGCCUACAGCAAAACUAAAGCCAGUUCCUGAGACUUUAGAAUCGUACGUUCACUUAAAUAUUGACAUUUCAGGAUGGAUAUAUAUUAUAAUGGUGAUGAUAACAAAAUGCACUUAAAUAAAUCUAGAAAUGAAUUUACAUGAAACAUAAAGGGGUACAAACAAUUUAACAAAUCCUCAGAAAUAAGAAGGAGGGGCUCCUGAUGGUUUGUGAAGGGUUUCCAGUGAGGUACAGGAACAAAAGACAACCAAAUAGAAGGAAAACCCAUUUACACCUUCCAAAAAUAUUCAUACCUUUUGGACCAGCUCUCACUUUCCUCCUGAAUCCAUGGAUUCAUCUCCAGCACUAAAUUAAAGAAUAGGGUGUGAAUACUUUUGUAAGGCUGUGUGUUUUGUUAACAAUGUGAAGUAUGUGUUUCACUGCACUGCAAAAACGCAACAUUUCACAAAGUAAUUUUGGUCUAGUUUCUACUGCAAAUACCUUAGUGCACCUCAUAUAAAGUUAUAAAUAACUUUUCAGCAAGAUGUAGGAGCUUCUUUUAAGUCAAUAAUUCCUAGAUAUGAAUUGAAAAGUUUUAUUUGUUCUGGAAAAUUAUUUCACUAAUAUGAAAAAAUGUUUUGUUAUCAGUGAAAUUAGCACUUUUACUUAUCAAUCAGUUUUCUCUUAUUUCUAGUGUUCUAAGAUAUUUGCACUUAUAGACCAAAAAUACUUGAUAAGUUUUGUGUUUUUUGUAGGUAAAUGGUGACAGACAAACAUGUUCACCAUUAUUUUUAUUUAAUCUGGUUCUGAUUUAUGGUGCCUGGUAUUUAAUUUCUCUCACCGUAUGAGUUGUGAUAUUGCUUUUUGUUCAUUCAUGUGAGAGUAAUCUGAGCAGGUUCAUGUGCAGACAGUGGAAAGAUGUGAUGCUGGGGAGGAUUUGGUGAAGCCUUGGACACUCUGUGUGUAUAAACAGUGCAAUAUUUUCCAGUGUGAUCCUUCUCCCUGCUCUCAUCUGCCUGUGUUUGGUUUUCCAAGCGCCUGUGGAGGAUCCUCAGUCCAAAUCGUACUUCCGACGAUGCCCCGUUUUCCAAAAGCAGACCUCCACAUGGUAUUUAUUACAAGGGCAUCAUACAGUAACUCCAGCUCCUACUUUAACAACCCAUCCAUCAACUUCUCAGGAUUUUUUUGGAGUCUAGACGGCGUGUCUAGACGAAUCUCCCUCCCUUGUUGUUGCCCAAGCGCUCAGAACGGUCCUAUUUAUCAACCUGUCACGAAUCACAGGGCUGAUGCACUUUUUACCCUUGAUUCCUUCCUCCGGUGUGACCUCUGCCCCGAGUUCCCUCACAACACCGUCCAGAAUUUCACACGUUCCCUUCAGGCCGCGGUUCGGAGCAACAGACACCGGAGUUAUUUUGGAGAGCUGGAGCCUGAGUGAGAAGCCUGCAGGGCGAGCCGCCAGGAUUCACCAGGUAAACAGACAAAAGGACUGCAUCUGUAAAUAUUUUAUGAUGUUUGCUGUGUGUUGUAGGAACAAAACAGGAGUAACUUUCAGCAAAAAAAAAAAAAAAAAAAUUUAGAUUGACUUUGGAGAUUUUAUAGAAAAACUUGGAAAUUUCUGAGUUUGAAAAGUAAUAAAAGAAAUAGAAGAAACUCAGAAAUAUUGAGAUCAAAAAAGAAAAAAUCCUUGGAAAUUUGAGCUUAAAAUUUGCUAGAAGAAAAUUUUAUCUCCAAAGUUUCGUAAGUCAAAAACCUGCUAGAAAAAAGUCAGAAAUUAAUCUCAACAUUUUCUAGAAAAGACACUGAAUAUUUCUAAUUUUGAAAAGUCUCAAAUGUUCUAGAAGAAACGCUGACAUUUGUAUAUUAAUUAAAAUCCAGGAAAUACAGCACAAGAAAUCCUUUUUUUUCAGAAAUCUCAUAAAUUUUGAGAUUUAUAUACAAAAUUUUGCAUAAAAAUUGAAAUAUCUGAUUUUCAAAAGUUUUAAAUUUACGUGAAAAAAAUACAUUUUUAGAUUAAUUUCUAAAACUUGGAAAUUUGAGCUUGAAAACUUGACAAAAUUUAUAUUUUUGAAAUUCAUCUCUGACAUUUUGUAGAAAAAAAACUCAAAAAUUUGUGGGUUUCAAAACUCAAACAUUUUGAAUGUUUGAAAUGUCCAAGUUUUGUCUAGAAGGUCUUUCGAAAUGUCAAAAAUGUCCAUGUUCUUUCCAGGAGAUGUUUGAGGUUAAUUUAAGUUUUUCUUGAAAAUGUUUGAGAACUUCAGACAUUUUAUUACUAAAAAAAAAAUUCUAAUAUUAAUCUCAAGAUUUCUGAUGUUUUUCUUAAAGAACAUUUUAGCCUUCUCAAACUCAAAAAUUUCCUUUUCUUUACAAAUAAGAAUUCUGCGCUAAAUCUCGUAAGUGUAGCAGAAAUUUACUCCUUUUUUUAAAAAAAAUCUAUACUGGCCCUAAAAAGUUUGAUGUGUUAACUGUACUAAGAAAAAAAGAAAGUUCUGAUUAUUUAAUAAAUGUGUUUGGAGUAAAGUGUGAUAUAUCUGAUAAAUUGUGCAGACUUGAUUGAAAGUCUAACUUCAGUGUUUAACUUUGAAAAAGUGAAGAAAAUGAAUUGGCCUCCCAAGGGAGAUCAUGCGCCCUCUGUCGUGACAAAAGAGUACUGCAACACCCAGCUAAUCUUUGUUCAUUUAAAAGCUGAAAGAAAAGAAAAACCUUUUCAACAUUUGAAGUAAAAUGAAAAGGUAUUUAUCUUAGUUAUCUUAGUUGCUAACGUUACUGAUUAUCAUUAAUAUUAAAUAAUCCCUGGUAUAUCAACUGGAAUAAUCCAUUCCAAGUCAAAUCUGAAGAAAAAAACUGAUGUUUCGUUUUCCUCCGACUCAGAAAACGUUCAUCUGGGUUCAAACAAGCUGCAGUAAAAAUGUAUUCUAGAAAAUAUUAGAUGAAUAAACACACUUUUCAUAUUUUCAUUAAAAAAAAA